AUGAGUCUCUAUAUUCCGCUACGACAAACAUUGCCACUUGAUUUGGGCAAUGAGCUAAGAAACUGUAUCCAGAAACACUAUUUCCAGUCGCCAUCAAUGUUCGAUCGAGAACUCGCCGAAAUCACAAAACUUCGCCAAGCUUUAGGAACCUUAAAAGAUUUAGAAUUGACCCCUGCCUCCGAAAAAGAUAUCAAAGCUUAUCUAGUAGCACUCGAGAGUAUUAUCGCAAAGUUUCCCGACGAAGUUGCCGAGUUUAGCUGGUACCUGACUUUAUAUAGCUUGACAGGACCAGAUCGAGUUCGAUCUGUAAAAGUUGAAAGAGAGAAUGUCAUGUUCCAGCUAGCUGCUGUGUACUCCCAGAUGGCCCAUAAAGAGUCUAGGUACAGUGACGAGGGUUUAAAGCGCUCGUGUGCUUACUUGCAACGUGCAGCAGGCUGUAUAAAUUCGUUGGAAGGAAGUCAAAUCUUUGACAGAAAUACUCUACAAUGUCUUUCAUUUCUCAUGCAAGCGGAAGCUCAAGAAAGUUUUUAUAACAAGGCUAUAAGUUCAGGAACCAAGGAUAGUGUGAUAGCUCGUCUUGCAAAACAAACGUCGGAUUACUAUACCUUGGCAAUUUCUCAUGGUGAUGCCUCGGACCUUAUUCGAUUAGAAUGGAUUAAUUUUAUGCAAGUGAAGCGGUACCAUUUUGCAGCAGCUUCUCAUUUGCGUGUUGCUACGGUGAAAUUGGAUGAGUUCCAGUAUGGAGAACAAGUUGCACAUUUGCAGGCAGCAAGCCAACAUUGUAAAACGGCAUCGAAGUAUCUGCGAUAUGUGGACAAGCUAGUUCUAGAGGAUCUUGGUGGUCUAACUUCUACAGUUAAUGAAGCAUUGAAAGUGGCAGAGUUCGAUAACGAUUUGGUCUACUUGAAACCAGUACCAAAAGAUUUGAAGCCUAUUGUUGGUGCUCCCAUGGUGCAAGCUAUUGAGCCUGUCUUUGAGAACAAAAAGCAAUAUUUUACGGACCUUCUCCCAUUCACAAUAAUUAAAGUUGCCCAAGCCUUCCGGGAAAGACAGGACAGCUAUAUUGUUUCCAAAUUUGUGGAUCCUCUGAAUGCAUCACUCAAGAUGAUGGCACAAUUUCUUGCUGAGAGAAAUCUCCCUGCUUCUAUCGACACCUUACAGCGACCCGAGACCAUGCCCGACUCCAUUAUAGAACACUCGCAAGAGAUCUGCUCACUCGGAGGUCUACGAAUCAUCGAAACAUCAUUUGACGCAAUCAAAAAGCUAGCAUGGGAAUGUGAAAAUCUCGUCAAUGGAUGCCAAGAGCGUCUUAGAAUAGAAGCAGAUGAAGAUGACAUAUUGCGAAAACUCAAAGGAAAUAGGUGGAGUCGUCUUUCGUCCAAGGAAGCUAGUGCAGAACUUCAGAAGAAAGUAACGAGCAUGAAGACAUAUUUGGAACAGGCUGAACAAGGUGACGACCACAUCUGGGAUCUGUACGAAACCAUACGACCAUACCUCGAAGCAUAUUGUGGAGGGUUUCGUGCAUUAAAGGAUCUUAUUCCCCCUGCUCGUAUUGAGGACAUUGACCCUCGAGUGAGUGAAGUUUUGCUACAACUUCGAGAGGCUGUUAAUGAGGCAUCAGAAUUGACAAAGCGUAGAAAGAAUUUUCUUCAUCGUCUUGAAGUGAAGGCAAGAGACAAUAACAUUCUUCCACGAAUAAUAGAAGAGUAUAAGAAGAACAAAAGCCAGCAGGUCGAUACUCAAAGCAUGGAGAUGUUAUACAGAAAGCAUUUGCAAAUUUUCAACGACGACAGUAAUCAUUUUGAGGAUUUGAAGCAGCAACAAAUCCAAAUUGAAUCUAAAAUCGACAAGUUUAAUAAUGAAUUUGUCAGUAAACUUCAAUUGGUGGAGGCUAAUCCAAAAUCUCCUCGACAAGAGAUGCUUGAAACUUUGGAAACAACUUACACGAAGUAUCUUGAACUAGUGUCCAACUUGAACGAAGGAUCCAAAUUCUACAAUGAUUUUCUAGGUCGCGGAAGUGUCAUCCUCAAAGAAUGUGAUGAGUUUUUGUUACAGCGAAGAGCAGAAGGUCGGGAACUCGAACUACUGCUUUCAGAAGAGAACGACAAGUCUACCAGCAAAUCCUACGAUGAACAUGAUCCUCUUAGUCUGGUGGUUUCUCCACAGGCAAAGCCUGGGGCUUGGAACCCAAACCAUGGUAUCGUGUUUGAUUAG